CCUUGAAUCAAUUUUGACCUUGACCUUAGCUCGGAUCAGUGGAGAUAAUAAACAACUGAGAAGGCAACACACGUAUUCUGAGUUUGAAAGAAGAAAGAUAAGAAACUAUACAGUAGUGAUUUAAGUCAUAAACUGUAUUCGGUAUUUAAGUUGUGUUUUUUUUAUUAAAGUGUUUGUUUGGCAUAUUUGACGAUGUCGACCGAUAUUUGCAGCGACAAUUAUCGAAAGUGUAGUAGUAAUUCGGAUAACUGUAAGAUGGAAAAUCCGGAUACCGGCAGUUCUGAAGGCGAAUUUGAGAUGGAUAUUGAAUCGACUGAUGUUGAUUGCGGCAAUAAAGAAUGUUUGGAAAAGGGGCGGUGCAUUACAAACGACAUUAGGGUUCCAGUUACACUGGCGGACUUGGUGGAUGGACUUCAUAAGUUUUUCUCACAUGAGAAAAUAAAUAUUGACAAUGUGAAGGAAUAUAUGUCUAUGUACAAAAGUAAAAAUAAGGAAUGGAGAAAGUUUGCAAAGUUUGACCAGCACAGGUAUACAAGGAACCUUGUGGACGUGGGCAAUGGAAAGUUUAACCUGAUGAUCUUGUGCUGGAAUGAAAACCAGGGAUCCAGUAUCCACUCCCAUGCUAACUCUCACUGCUUUAUGAAGGUGGUUGAUGGCAGUGUAAAUGAGGAGAUGUUUGAUUGGCCGAAUGAGUCAGAGAGUGAACAUGAGAUGUCGGCGAAGGGAAUGAGCACUUACAACAGGAAUGAGGUGGCUUACAUUUGUGACGCAAUGGGUCUACACCGUGUCUCAAAUCCGAGCCACACGGACAAAGCUGUGUCUCUGCAUCUUUAUUCUCCUCCAUUUGAUGAGUGCAAGGUAUUUGAUCAGAGAACUGGACACGAGUCAAGCGCGAAAGUCACCUUCUGGAGCAAGUUUGGGCACCGUACACCAUUUGGUCGGCAAGUGGACACUAUUGAUGAGACUGCAGAAAACAACUAAAGAUUUGAAGAGUUACUGCCCUUUGCUUCUAAGUUGCCAUUGCGAAGAUGCAUAGCACUGAACAAUCUUGUAGCACACAACUAUUUUGGAUCUUCAGCAGAAAAAAGUGGAUUGUUUAGUUAACAUAUAUAGACAGAUAGUUCCAAACGUGGAUUAUUUUAUGACUGUUGUUGUUGUUGUUGUGUCUCCUGCGAAGUAGAGCAGACACAUCAGAGUUGCUAUGUCUGACAUUUUCUGUGUCAUCGACACACUUUCUUUUCCAAUUGAUAUAUUUUGAAGAGUCUUCAAACUAAGUAUGCACAUUGUUAACAGCUAGUAGGUAAUCCCUAUAAAUUUUUGAGGUUGAAGGUCACGGACUUAAAAAUAUUGAUGCACUCCGGACAGCAAAAACCAUGUAUUCAUGAUAUUCUAGUUAAUUAACUUGGAAUUUUCUAGUAUACGCCAUGUAGUAUAGUAGAUAGUUGAAACAAAUAUUUGUCACAUGACAAAAAACAACUGCUGUGUGAAAUAAAUGCUCAUAAAUAUUUAAAUUUGAGAGUAUAUAGGUUUGCUUAUAAGGCCAAAAAAAAAAAAAAUUGUUUAGUGUAACCUUCCCAAAAUUGUUAGGUAGGGAUUUUUUUUUUUUUUUUUUCAAAAUCUGUCGUAAGUUCAGAGUGUUUCCUUGCACAUGGCAGUCUUUCCUACAUUACUGUCAUUACCUGACUUUGUUUUAUCAUAUAAACAUUAAUUCUGAUUGUCCAAUUCACAUUUAUCUGCUCUCCGUAACUCUCUAAACGCUAACGAAUAUUUUUUUGCUCAGAAACGGAAAAAAAUAGUUAAGGUCGGCACAUUUUUAUAGGUAGGGUCGGGUUACCCGAAACAGACAUAUUUUUUUUUAGGCCUAAGGGUUAGUGCAUAAACCAUGUCAUAUUUUAAGGGUAUAUAUUAUACAUAUUAAUAUGCAAGAAAGCAUUUCUUAGAGGCCUUUAUAUUGUUUACCUUAAUAGCAUUUAUUCUGUAAGAUUCAAAGCUUUAUUUUUUAAGAUUCAAUGCAUUUAUUUUCUAAGAUUUCUAAGUAUUUUUCAUAUCAGUUUUUUUGCUUUGUUUAUUUUCUGUCAUGUUUAUAGUAUUUGUUUGUUUUACUAAGCAACAGCAUUGAUGUAAUGUAUAAUUGGUUACAUGUGUAUAACGAAGGUAACAAAGGGGUCAUAAUAUAAUUCUAACAGAUACCUAGUCCUUUUUGUAGGUGAAAUUUCACAUACAUAUUGUAUUUAGAAUAUUAUAUAGAUAUUUCAUAAAUUAUCAACCUUAUUAUAUUUAAAUGUAUUGGUGUUAAGCAUUAUUUUCAUAACAUUGAUGUUUUUUAAUCAAUCGCCCCACAAGUGUAUUAAAUUCACUGAAGCUUUUGUAAUACAAAAUUGGCACUGAUUUUUUGAACAAGCCCUGCUGUAUAAAAUUCAGAAUUUGAGCAAACCCAGAAGACAUUUUACCAGUGCAGGGCUUGCGGGCAUGUGUUAAUUACAACCACUGAUUAUUUGAAACAGAGAAUGAAAUUAUAGAUCCCAAAUCGGCCUUCAAAAAUUAAUGUAAAGAAUGCAGUUUAUACUAGUUUUAAAUACUCAGCUGAAAUAUUAGACCAAAAAUAUGUAAUUAUCUAAUAGCAUGAUGAUAAAAAACUGACAAUUUUUGUAGUACACCUGUAAUGUGAAUUAAUUUAGCAAUAAUGGAGAAUAAAUGGGGAGAACUUGUUUUAAUCAGAUUUUUUUGGCAAUAAAUCUUAUAAACAUAUCUCAUUUACAUUUUUCAUGACAACGCUUUUUCGUGUGAUUUGCUAUUUCAACAGCUUAGCGAAAGAUGGACUAACAUUAUUAACAAAUUAAAAGAAGUUAGGACAGUCUUCUACAGAACCCUCAAAAUGAUGACAUAAGAAAAAUUUAGUCCAUACUUUGAAUUGCAUGUGUAUAAUAGUGGAGUGUUAAUUUAGUCAGCUGAUUUUUACUGCAGUUUAUGAUUUGUAGCCUAUUUUGGGUGUAAAAACUGUGACUCAAGGUGUCCUGUGCCAUUGAAUCUGUAUUUUACUCAAAAUUUGCUUAACAGUUAAAAGGACCCCCCCCCCCUAAAAAACAAAAAAAAACAACCUAAGCUCAGUAUUUUUGUUUUGGUAUAAUUAGUGCAUUAUUUACAUUUUGAACAGUUUUUGGGCUAUAAAAGGAAAUUAUCUUUAAGCUAACAACCAUAAGUUAUUGUUAAAUAGCCAAAGUUUGAACCAUGGUAAAGGGAAAAAAAAUUGACAAGAUUUGUUUCUGUUUUCUGCAGUCAUUUAUAUUCAUUUGAGGAUACUUCCUACAGUUUCUGAACUGCAAAUGUCUGAGCCAAACUUUUUUUUUACAAACUGUACAAUAGUCUGAAGUUAAAAGCUCACAAUCCUUAUUUCAGAAUAAAUCAUGAAAUUUAAAAUCCCAAAGUAUUUAAGAUUAUUAAGUGUUAUAUUAUGACCUUGAUGUAUGUUAAUGCAUGACUUCCUCAUAUUUUGGAAGUUGAUCUUAUAUAAUGAAAGUCACACUGUUCACGUUUUCGUCUUUACAUCUGUUUAUCUUAUGGAGUUGUAAUUCAUUCUUCAUUGUGUUUCGUAAUUCUACUGUAAUUGCCUUUUCAUACGAGUCACGUUUGCUUGCUAUAAGGCCAAUACAAAUUUAUUGCUGGAUUUUCGUUCAUUUUUUUUUUUUAAGUUUUUACCACAGAUUGAAAGUUUUAAUAACUUUAUUUAUUUUUUGUCUUGGAACGACAAUAUUUUUUGGAAAAUGCAUUGAAAGCAAUGAUGUAAGACUACAGAAAAAAAAUCAGAUCACUGUUUUUCAAUAAUAUGUCUUUGUUCCAAAAUUGAUGUCUUAUGCAUUUUCCUAAAGCAUUAGUAAUGCUUUUAGCCAUAAAAAAUAAUUUUCAAAACAAAGAUCAGAAAAAUUGUAAUCUGAUAAUGGGUUCGCUGACAGUAUUGGAUGGAUAGGUAGAUACAGACCCCAGUUCAAUAUUUUUUUUAAGUCAAUGAAAUUAAAGGGGCAAGUAUCAAUAAAAAUUCGAGGGGUUGUGGAAAAAACGGGGGGCAGGCGAGGAAGAAAAUCUAGCAAUUAAUUUAUAGUUGCCUUAGAGGUGAACUUUUAAAAUAUAGUGAACCAUUUACGUGACAGCAUUAGAUUUGUUUUGAAUUGUCUUAUAUCCUGUAAUUAUCACCAUAAAGACAAGAUUAAAAGUCUGAUUUUAACUUCGUAAGCUAUAUAAUGAAAUGUAAAGAUGAUUUAAAAUCCUUUGAAGAAACUAAAUGAUAAUAAACCAUGACACAAUAAACUGCUAUUUUGUUACAGUAUAAUUGUAGACCUGCCCAAUUGUAAAUUAUAUUUUUGCAAUUAAAUGUCGCAAAUUCAAAACUCAGCCAAUUUUAUAAAUAUUAUAAUAAAAUUAUUAUAAAACAUGUUAAGAGUAGGUAUUUAUAGUAUUUGUUUUGUUAUUAUAUAAAUAUUAUAUUAAUAAAACAACCUGUAUAUUAAGAAAUUCAUAUCAUAUAUGGGUCACUAAUAUUGUUAUUAUAUUAAUCUUAUAUGACUUGUAUUAAUUUUUAUUAUCAAUGUUAACAGUCUUAUCAAUGAACAAGCCCAAAUCUUAUACUUGCAGUGCUCAACAUCAAAAUUGUUCACAAAACCCAGCUAUAUUAAAUUUAUAAUUUUAGCAAGCCUGUAAACUUUUUUUCCAGUGCAGGGCUUGUGGGAUUGUGCUAAUUUCGACUACUGGGUCAAUAAGUCACGAACAAAUGACAUUGAACAAGAAAGGCUCUUACACUAUCAGCAUUCAUUCUCUCAUCAGAGAUGCGACAAUUAAGAAAUGUUACAUACCACUGAGGGUCAUAGGACAUUAUAAGGACCGGCCAGUCAGCCACUGAAGGUGUUUAUGGACCGAGGUGCUAGCCGAGGUCCAUUCACUUUUGGGGGCUGACUGGCCUGUCCUUAUAAUGUCAUAUGUCUCGAAGUGGUGUGUAAAUAUUCUUAUAUUAUACUUAUAUAUAUUUAUAUUAUAUAUAUUUUAGGCGCUUUAGAUGUGUCUUAUUGAACAAAGGUUAUAAUGUUUACUUGCGACUAUUUUUCGCCGUUGUGAAAAUAGCAACUUACCAGAAGUGUGACGUCAACGGUCCAUAUUACAUUUUUGGCUAGGUCCGGACCGGCCAAAAUAUGAUAUGGACCGCUGACGUCAUAAAACUGGAUUUUUAUUUGAAUUCAGUGAUAUACAAACCGAUCGACUUUAUAUAUACAAAGAAGGGACACAUUUAUGUAAGGUAUAAUAUUUCUAAAUCGCAUAGCAUCAUCACUCUGGUGUAUAAGAUAGUCAGCAUUCAAUAAAGGCAAUUUUGUCUGGUAGCAUUAUUUUGUUAUUAAAACAUUGCUGUGUUAUUUGUUGUGUGUUUAUUUUGAAACUUUUUGUCACAAAAUUAAUUAAACAACCAUGCAUUGUGAACAACUGUCUAAGGCCCCAAUUUCUCGAAAGAUCUGGAGUGUGGUAUUUAGCUUAAAUAACAUAUUUCAUUAAGCAAUUUUUUCUGCUUAAAUCUUGAUUUUACAGAUCAAAAAUUAUUUCAGCGAAAUUAUCAUAGAUAGUUUCCUUUUUAAUGUUCAAAAGCUCGAAGGAAUGUAAAUAUUACACUGAUGAUAUCAACAAUACUUAUAAGUUAGCUUAGCUCAGGGGAGGAUCCAGGAUGUGACUUUAAAAGGGGGCGUUAUUUAGUGGCAUAAGCUUUUGACUUGCAGCCCUCCCUCGGAACCAAAAUUUAUUUGGUUUAAAGUUUUGGCAGAGUGUGAGACCCAAAGAAAAUUUUAAACAUUUCUAAAGUAUUUUAUUACUUGUUUUCUCCCAUAGUGAAAUAAAAAGAGCACUUGGGCAAUUUAAGUGGGUCGCGAGGCAGGUGCACACUCCCCUAGAUCUGCUCGUGUAGCUGAAUCCAGUUGAUAGGGAUAAUUGAGAAAUUGGGGCCAAAUAAUUUUGCCAUAAAUUGCAUAAUCGUGUUACUCAAAUAUAUUUUUGAGCUGUAUACAUGAAAUAAGUCGAUCUUAUGUUGUGAUAUUGUGCAUACCCGGUAAUGGAUUUUACACAAAUUGUUUAACGCAUGUUUAAAAGAUGUACCAAUGUUGCAAAAAAGCGAUCGUGUUGACAUUAUGAAAACAGGAGACAUGUACUAUAUCUUAUGCUGAUUUUGUUUUAUUUCUUUUUGCUUCAUUGUAUAUUUUUGUUUUGGCUUUCGAAAUAAAUAUUGUGUAAUUUUAA